AUGAAGAUCCAGGGUUGUGUGGCAAUAGUAACAGGAGGAGCACAGGGGAUUGGAGAGAAAAUUUGCCGAGCUCUGCUGGAGAAAGAAUGCAAAGUAAGUAUUGAAUGCAACUCAGGAUUGUGAUGUCUGCAAACACAAUUUGAGAGAUCAUCGGGUUAAUUCCUCGCUGACAUCAGGGAUCAUUCAAAUAUUUCGAGUGAUUUUUUCUAUUUUGUUCAUCGUAGUUUGGAUUAAUCAUUCUCUCAAUUAAGUUUGUGAACAGUGUAUCCUUCCUAACAGCUUGAUUUCCAAGCCUUCGAACAGGAGUGAGGUUAGGUUGACCUUGUUAUGAUACAACCUCGCUGCUUUUCAUAUGUAAAUUACUUUGUUAUCAUGCUAACUAGGUACUGGUCUCUUUCACAACAAGCUCACCUUCAGCCUCACUCCAAAAUGGCCUAUUGAACAUGGUAUGAAUGUUGGCAUUGCAUUUUGCAGUACUAAAAUGAUUUUGAAAAUUGUGUUCCUAAUAUUCUGUAUGAAUAUUCCAAGAAGGGGCUGUGUGAGGUCAAUCAACCAAUCUACAUCAUUCAAUCUCAUAAUCUGAACUGGGUGGUCAAAAGAUUUUGUCCCAACUGUAGGGGUUUCAAGGCUUAAAGGCAGCGCACUUUACUGAAACUUCUCCAAAAUUGACUACACACUUUGACCUGUGCAACCUCUUUGAUUACUUUGUUUCAUGCAUUUCAGCUUUACUUUUCCGAAUCAUACAAGUUGUUAGGGAGCUCAAACUAGGCCAACAACAGCAGCAUGUGCUAAAACUUAAGCACCUCAUGCUGCCAAUACAAUUUAACCUUGGAUAUUAAUUGUCUUGCUUUUGGACAUGGUGAACACAUCAGGCUAUAUAAAUAAUAUGAAAAUACUUAAAAGCUUAAAAAUUCAUUUUAAAUUGCUGAAUACCUGGGUUUUUCUAUCAGUAACUGCUUCCUUGUGCCUGCAGGAGUAGCUUACAGUCUGCAAGUUAUGAAGAGAUAGGUGGCAAUUUUCGCAUUUUAAUUUAUCAAGGUUGCCAUAUUGGAUUUAAAUCAUGAUAAAGGCCUUCAAUUACAAGAGAGUUUAGAAAGACAGUAUGGAUCAGGAAAAGUGAUCUUCAUUAGGUGCGAUGUUUCAUCAAAGUCUCAAAUGAAAGGUAUUGAUCAAAACAAUAAUUUUAAUGGUGCCAAUAUGAGCAACAAUUUGAGUUCAAUGAGUUCAACUUUUUUCUAGCUAACAGUUUUAGCCCAUUAUUUUGAUCCUCUGACAGUCUUUUGAGCCAUUGAAGGGAACUUAGGUACAGUUGGUCUGAAAAAUUGUCUAACAAUUGGCUAGGAAAUGUUAGGUGGCCCCUGGUGAUGUUGUUGAACUCUAAACAAGAUGUUGGAGAUCUUUACUCUCAUGGUAAUCUGUGCAACAGUAGACUGGACUCAGAAUGUUGAUGAGAUGCUCUCAGAUCCUCUCCAAGAUAUCAGUCAUGGGGACAUUAAGCCUCCUAAAGGCUGAAUAGGAAGCAGUCAACUGUUUAGUGUCAGUUGAGGAAAUAUUGUCAAUAGCAUGGGUAUAGCACCCAAACUUGUUGACAGAGGUUAACAUGCUGAAGAGCUCAGUACAUGAGCUUCAGUUCUUGGGUAGUUCAGUGCAGCAAGAAAUAUGGACACUACAUGUACAUUGCAGACAAUGUGAUAACAGCCAUUCAGUUUAACUUGAUCUGUCACAUGUGUUACAAUGUUUUAACCCUAAAACUCCCAAGAUCUGAUUGUUAAUUCUCCCCUCUAGCUACUACACAUUUCCACGUAAAUUGGUUAUGUGGUGUUGGAUCAAGAUAACAACUUCUUCAAGUAGUUUGAGUAUUGAAAUUAUAGGGAGAAGUUAUGUAUUAAUCACUUCAAGGAGUUAAACUCAGUGUUCAAGGGAUGAGUGUUUAGACUGAGGAGUCCUGUGUGACCUAUUGGCUGACUAAAUUGCUGUUAGGAUCAUUAACCACUGACAGACUGACUGACUGACUGAUUGUUAAGCUUGUGGGGCUUAACUUUGUUUAAUAAUUAACAAUAAAUUAUUAUAGUUAUUUAUCCAAGUGUAAAUUGCUUUUCUUUGUUGCCCUAUGGCUUAUAGACUCCUUCAAGAAGACAAAAGAGGUGUUUGGUCAGAUCAAUAUUGUCUGUAAUAAUGCUGGUAUAUCAUCAAAAAAUGAAGAGUGGGAAGAAGAAUGGGAUAAAGAAGUUGAUGUGAACUUGGUGGGUAGAAUUGGUAAUUUGCUGUGGUUCAUAACUUUACUAGGUUUAUUUUUAUUUUUACAGAUUUUAUUUUUGAAUCUUAGAUUUCUUAGUGAUUUUAGUUACAGGACUUUUUUGAUAACAGUUCCUUUUAAUCGAACUGAUAGGUUAUCCUGUAUAAAUAUUUGCAUUAUUAUUAUUGUUAUUAUUAUUAUUAUUGUUUAUUAUUAUUAGAUGAUAGGAUUAUUUUGAUUAAUUUUCAUUGAAUGGUAUUUGAAAGGCUGGUUUUCACCAAAAAAAAAAUUGGGGUCGAAGUCAUAAUCAGUUGUGCAGAGUGCUGUGAUCUUGUGAAUAGCAAACAUGCAGAGACAGAAACAAAGUGCUGAUGCCAAUUAUGACUCUGACUUUUUUAUAACGAGCUAGACUAGUGAAAAAUAGAUUGUUAAAGUUGUUUUCUUCCUGGGCCUUAAAACUUGCAUUGUAGUUUAGUUGUUCUGGCAGCUUCUUUUGUGACUCUGACAAUCUAUUUUGCACUGAAUCAUAAGGAUUGGAGUCAUAAGCACAAUUGGAACAAAAGAGAAACAUUCUGGUUAUUUUGAUUCUGAUUCUAACCAACUUACAACUCCUCUCAUGACUCUUAUUGAUUUUCACUUGCAUAAGUACAAUUGUUCAUGCGAUUUGAAUUAUCACCCCAACUCUGUCUUUAAUCUGUUGCUGGUGAAAACCAACUUUAAGGGAUUUUAAGCAGUAAGAUUGCAGAUGCAGUGGCUUCCAGGUUAGUGCAACAAACUCUGUACUGAAGGGUCUUGGUGUGGAUUUAAGUAAUAGUCAUUCACUGUGUUGAGUUUUUGGGAAUGACGCUUAACUUGCACAAUAUGGCCUCUCUGCCCUGAUGUAUCAGUGAUGACUAACAAACUUUCAAGAAAAUCCCAUAAAACAUCUUACGGGGGAAGGUAACCCUGUGAUGAACUUGCAUCCUGCCCCAGUAGGUACUGAAGCAGAAGUAAGCCAUGGAAGAAUUUGCUUUGUGGCUCAUAGCCUGAUUCCUUUUUUUGUUUUCAUUUUUGACAGUAAGACUUUCGAUAAUCUUUAGGGAUUUUGUUCCACAGCUUCAUUGUUAUGUUGUGGUUGUUUUUAUAGAAGAGUGUAAUUCAUGGAACUUUUCUUGGUGUUCAUCACAUGAGUCGGAUGCGUGGAGGAAUGGGUGGUGUUGUUAUCAAUGUGGCAUCAAUGGCAGGUAGUCAUGGAAAUGAAGUACGUAGCAAAAUGUUCGAAUUACAUGAAUUGUUUCCAUCAUAUAGGUUAAUUAUAAUUAAUAAAUUUCAUAUUUUCCUGAAAUAAGUUUCUUUUGAUAUAAUUAUGAUUUCAUGCUCACAUUACCUGCUGUACCAACAGCUGUUUAAGGCCGUUACAUUGGCUAAAUUGAAUGCUCUUCCUUGUUGAAUGUGUUGGAACUUCUUUCCCCAGGAUGAUCAUGCCGCUGUUAUUUCAGGUACAAACUUCUUAUAUGUCAGCUGAAGGCAACACAUUUUUUCAAUAGUUCAAAUGCAUAAAAAACCUUUUCACUUCACAGGCAUUUUCCCUGUGGGACAGUCCAUGGCUGUGUAUUGUGCAACAAAAUUUGGAGUUGUUGGGUUUUCACAAAGUCUAGGGGUAAGUAUGGAUUGACCCCUGAAGUGCCUGUAAUAAAUAGUUGUAUGCGCUGAACAAUUUGAAGUUUCUUCAUUCCCUCAUUUGACCUUUGUCUAAGUUUGGAGGGUGGGGAAUUUUAACUUUGUCUGGCUGGAGUGGGGAAUUUGAACCAGAAAUGUCAAGUACAUUCAGUGUAAUACAAUUGCUAGAUCUUUUAAUAUAGAGGUGUUUUAAGGUAAAUAUUUUAUUUUUUAUCCAAACAGCCUCUGAAAACAAGGUCUCAGUUUUAAAGCUUGGUCAUUGUCGAAAGUAAUGGCCACUGAUUUUGCCUUUUACAAGAAAUUGGCUGGUGCAUUUGAACACAAUUUUUGCCUCACAGGGAGGGAAUUUGAAUAAGCCAACUUUCACAAGUUCAAAUGCCCAGGGGGAUGUUGGAGCAUGGAUUUAACUGAUGCAUAAUCAACAUUUUGAAUGAGAUAUUCUGUUUAGCAUUCAAAUCAAAUUGAAACUUGUACCAGCAAUGUAUCAUCAAAUGAUGAUAGUUAAUAUAAUCACUGGAGUUGCUUCUUCAAAUGCAGUUUGCAUUUUCUUAGCACAAUGUAAGGAGCAAAACUGUACUGUUCAAUAAAGGGGUAAGUUUCUAAAGAAACUGUGGUGCUGCAUUGGUGGGAGAGUAUAGCAGGUAAUUUAGUGCUAACAACUGGGUUGAAAACAUAAAUUAGCCACCGUAAAGAGUAAAAAAGCUGAUGUCAGCUCGAAACGUCAGCUUUUUUACUCUUUACGGUGGUAAUUUACAUUUUCAACCCAGUUGUUAGCACUAAAUUACCUGCUGUACUGUUCAAUAGAUCACCUGUUUAUUCUGUCAUUGAAAUCAACAAUGAAUCAAAUUGAGAUUAUUAUUAUUAUUAGUAUGUCAACAUAGAAUGCAGGGUAAUUAAAAAAUUUGAUCAUGUUUACCUUUCAUCUUAGGGACUUUAUGAGACAGAAGGAGUGAGAGUAAAUUGUAUCUGUCCAAGCUAUACAGAAACAGAUUUGUUUUGGUCCUCAUUUAAUGAAAAGCGAGCCAAAGAAACUCCAAACUUUCAAACAGUUUUAAGAUAUGGACUAAUCAGGUAUCUAAGCAGAAGUCAUACCAAGAGCAUGUGUUGGAUAUAAAUCUAUGAUACUUUUAGAAAAGGAAACUUUGCUGUCAUGUUGUAAUUUUGAUCUGCCCCUGGCUGGUUUCAACAUCACUAGGUUUUUUUUUCAUGACAUAAUCCUGUAGCAGUGAAAAGUGCAUUUUUUUCUUCUUUUUUUGUAGGGGAAAAUACAAUGUUGCAAUAUGUAAAAUAAGGAUUUUUAUCUCUGACAAUAACAGAGGUUUUUUGACAAUUUAAUGUCAUCAAAUACUACAGUCGCCCAUGUUGAAUUCAUGUAUUCUGUAUUUUAGGCCUGAAGUUAUUGCCACAGGAGUUAUACAGCUGAUUGGGAAGGACAGUACUAAUGCAGCAGUGAUGAUGGUGACUAAAAAGAGAGGAAUUGAGAUCAUGAGACCAAGGGGAUCAAGAAUAUCAAAACUAUGAAUUGUUAAUUAUUAUGGAGAUGAUUUAAUCUUAAAUGAGACAAAAAAAAAAAACCAAAAAAAAAUAAGCUUAAUCCAUUAGUUUUGAAACAAGAUAGUUGAGAGGGAGGAUACCAAUGUGAGAGCUGUUUAUAAUUUUUUUUCCAAAGUACAAAUCCAUUUUUGAUUGUUUUUCAGAGCUUUGUUGAAGAUAUUUUAUUAUGUACGUAUUUUGCUAAAUAAUAAGUGAUCUAGCAAUCAGUUAAUGUGAAUUGUUUACUCAUGGUCAUUUGAUAAGUCUGUCAAUUAGUCCAUCAAGGAAGCACAGUAUGGUCUAAUUGAUCUGAGAGCUAAUUGAUUAAUCAAUUGAGUGGACAGUGAAUCAAUCAGACAAUGAAUCAAUUUAUUAAUCAAUCAGUAAAUUAACCAAUCAGAAAAUCAAUCAAACAAUCAAUCGGUCCACCAAUCAAUAAAUUAAGCUAUCAAUCAUCCAAUCAGUUGAUUAAUCACAUUUUUUGCCGCUUCCGUCAAAUUACGAAGCUUAACUAAAAAUAUAUUUUUGAUACUUUUCAUAACGGUGAAAAUUCACAAAUAUGUUGGCUAUGGGGAAGAAAAACCCUGUGGGAAUUGUAGCCCUCUCUUAUUAGCAAGUAAUCAUAGAGGGAAGAUAAAAAUUUUUUAAGCCCAGGUUUGCCAACGUACAAUUUACCCAAAUCGUGGUUUUAAUAUGUAUAAUUUAUGAAAAAAAAAGGCCUCCAUUUGUCGCGAAAAUCUGCUCAGACCCCUAUCCUGGGACACUUCUGUUUUGAUAAUCGAACAAAUGAUGUUCAAGGACAACUAUUAAAAAAUAGUUUACUUACGCUAUUUUAGAAUUAAAUGCUUACGAAGAGCCACGAUGGAUUUUCUCAGCGUGGGCGUGGGAUGUUGCCUGUUCUGUCGUCUUUUUGUACGUUUUUAUAAACACUAGUGUUUGCCUCUUCUUUUGCAGCAAUAGUGAAAAGCUCUACCAUGUGAGGUUUGCCAAUUGGGGAGUAUAUAUCAUUUAAAUAACGAGCUCGAGAUUUCUGUUGAGUGAUUUUUGGGGGCGAUUUCCAAAUCAACCAUCACACAUUGCAAGUGGGAGCGAAAAAUCUAAUUUUUAAAGUAUACAUCUACUAUUUGUUCAUACGAGACAGAUUCACCUUUUUAUUUUAUGUUGUUUACAAUCACUCACUGUUACACCACUCACCUUCACAAUUGCCUAUUACAGAAAAGACGGCGACUAGGUAGCCAAUCAGAUCGCAGUAGUUUUGAUAAAAUGCAAACAGAUUUACACCAACACCGGAAAUUCCCUUGUUUCAGCAUGGGCAUAUUUCAUCACGUGAUGUGUUUAGGCCGAUCGCACGUGAGCGAAAAUUUUGAUAUAUAUUUUUUUAUGUGAGCACAGCUGCCGCGAUGUUGCCGGUGGUUUGUGAAUAGUAGGCUGUUAUCAGGAAGUACCAUUUAGCGUGAUUAAGCCAUACCAGGUUAUCGUGACAAUAAACUCAGGACUCCAGCUGAUCCUCCUACAAGUGGUAACAAUAGUUGACAUUACUCACACUCAGGGCUGGUAGUUUAAGCGAAGUCUUACUUUACGAGUGACUAGCAUCUAAUUUCUCUCUAAAAAAUAUCACCCCUGAAUUACACAUUCAUUUACAAUAAUAAAGGAAAUUAUCACCAACUAGAGAGGCUCUUGACUGUUAAACAAGUUCUCUUUGUCAGCAA